AUGAACAGAAAAUAUCAUCAAAAGCGCUCAAAGAAAAAUCUCCCUGAAGCACCUCCGCCUUCAUCUGACACUGCCAAUGAGUAUAUGGACAUCCUUGACAUCUUCCAUUGGGGAUAUACAACUAAGCGGGAAGUAAAAUCAGUCGAGACCAGUGUCCCAUUUAACUUUGAUUAUGUCCUGUAUGACCUAUCCACGAAAUCCAAAGGAGCUGAAGAAGACAUAGAGUUUGCUUUGAAUCUAAAGCUAAGAAACAAUAUUAGAAGAGGAAACACCAUCAUUGUCUUAUAUAAGCUUGCUAAAGGCCAAGCCAAAGAUAGGCUUAGAUCAGUAAAUUGGGAUGGGCAAAGAUAUGAGAUUAAGGAGCUUUAUUGAGCGAGAAGAUUAGAUUAUUAAGUAUGAGGCCAUAAGCGGUUGAUCCACUAGCAUUUGUCUUGUUUUGGUUGCAAAAGGUAGCAUUCAUAGACUAGAGUAAAAAUAUGAGAGGAAUCCUUUGGAUUUUAAUCAGGCCACCUGUCCCUAGGAUCAGAUCCUUUAGGCAGAACUACUAUCUCAGGAAAGUGCCCAACAAGGAAAGACUUUGGUAGGCAAAGCCUGCGCCUCAAGCCCAUCUUCCGCCAGCACCGUAAUUUCUUAUAUGCGAGAAGAGGGAUGUAUAAAUUUUUCGAUAUGUCCUUUGAGUUUUUAAAUCAAGCUGACACAAAAGAUUUAGAAAUCGCAGGGAGUUUUGUUGGAAACUUCAGCUUAAAUUAAGAUUAAGAUUAAGAUUACGCUGGGUAUUUAAGGUCCCUACUACGUCCGAGGUCGCAUGCCACGGUUUCCCGUGUGGUGGCAGAGCGUUCACCAAGCCCGGGCCGAAACCCCCGGUUUCUCGUAGAGGUAUUGUCAAGGGCCGUCUCAUACCGGCUUUGCUGACCACCUCCAUUUCCAACUUGGAUCGUCGCCUAAGUUUACGCCAACUCCGCUUCGUCGUCCGCCAGAUCUGCCCAUUGAAGGGCACCUUUUCAACUGGAGAGACCCCCGUUUUUGGUGUCUAACUCGCCUCCCCUCUUUUCCGGUCAUCCCGAGAAAGAACUCAACAGCUUUCGCCAUUUCGGGGCGAGCCACUAAAGCAGCUUAGGCAGGUAAUUCACCCUGCCUCAUUUCGGGCACUCACUGGGCUGAGCGCUGCUGCUGCAAAAAGAAGUCACGAAUAACUGCCCAUGGGUCUGGUCGCAAAAACAGCGGCUCUCGCGCUUAGGCCUCUCGCUUCGAGGUCCCAGACGUUGUUGGGCUAAUUCCUGGCUCCAAAAACCAUGCCCGGAUAUACAUGGGUAACCACCACUGAGAGGGUGGGUCGGUCGCCAUACGCCAUUUUAUGUAUAUGGAAACUUCAGCUUAAAUUACAGCAAAGCAGAAGCUCAUAAAGAAGAGCUGAGAAAAGUAAUUUUUGAAGGUGUAGAAAAAGCUAUAAGGAAUGGAGAAACUGUAGACGUCUAUAAAACUGUCAAAGCUAAUGGAGAAAAUGCACAAAUUUCAUAUUUCCAGCCAUUGGAUUCAUGGAUAAUUGCAAGCAAAAAUGUGAGUUUAAUAGCAAGAAAUAGAAAAGAUUUAGAAAAAUAUUCAGCUAACAGGUUUAAUUUCGCAGGUUUAAUAGCAAAUGAGUGGUUUAAUAUCAUUGAAAGUAUGAGACCUGAUGUAGUAAAUACUUUUAAACAAGAAUUAUCAGGGCAUACUAUUGUAGGGGAGUAUACAGGAAAUCAGGAUUAUCAACAUCUUAUUAGAUACAGCAAAAUCUCUUUGGUGUUUUUUGCAUUAGUUGACAAUAAUUCUGUAGUCACCUGUAAACCACCAUUAAAAGCUUUACAAUUUUUCAGAAAAUUUAAUCUUGAACACGUAAAAAUGCAGAAAUUCGGAAAUUUACAUAGUGUUUUGGAUUUAUAUGAGAAGCUAAAAGGGCUGUUUUGUGAGGUUUCUUCAGAAACUUUAGAGGUAGGUGAAGAAGGAGCUGUUCUAUAUUUUGUAAAAAAUAAAGCACAAGAUAACCCUAUACUAGCUGUUGCAGAAAAUUUUCUAUUAAAAAAUACAGGAAAUUUCCCUAGUGAGCAUGAGUUUAACGAGGCUUUGGAAAACCAAGAAACUUUGUCAUUAACCAAAUUAAAAACGCUUGAGUAUCGAAUUUUUAGAAAAAUCAGAGAAAAAACAAAAUAUAUUGAAAACAAUGCAAGUGAUGUUUACAAAAAAUUUGUGAAAGAAGUAUAGAAUUUUCCCAUAGAUGGCGCUGUUUGCCCUUGAUUUGCCCACUGGAAAAUUUUUUGGUUUGACCAAACCAUAAUGCACUGGUCGAACCAAAAAAUUUUCUUCAUGGGCAAAUCAAGGGCAAACAGCGCCAUCUAUGGGAAAAUUCUAUAAACGAGCUUGCCGCAGGACAAAGUUUGCCAAAGCCUAUAGAGUAUUAUUUUGAAGUAGCAAGAAAAGCUUUUGAAGAAAUUGAAAGAAAUCCAAAUUUAUAUAAAAAUCGAGGAAAAUAUAUUGAUUUUUUGGAUAAAGUUUUGGAGACUGUAAAACUGCCUGGAUCCUAUAAAAGGCCUAAUACAAAUUAUAAAUCAGUAGUAUUAUUGACUCCUCCUUGCUAUUAUUCAAUGACACAAAUAAAAGACAUCUCUAAUGCUCUUGGAUGCUCAGAAAUAAAAUAUGAGUACAAAGCAGCAAACCCAUUGGAGUUUCCUUUAUAUAUCUUUAACAAUGUUCCUCGAAAUCCUAAAUUCAGUGAGCAUGAUCUUGUUAUUUUUGCUGGGUAUGCUACUUCUUCUAUCCCAGAAACCUUAAAUAAGCUUCAAGAAAUGAAAAAUUCGACUGAAGAAAUUCCAUUGAAUGCUCAAAGUUACAUUAAAAACCAAAAUCCAGAAGGAGCUAUAAAAAAUUUAUACAAUGCAAUUUUUGAUCUUACAUCAAGCUUAUUGUGGGGCGUUUUACAAAAAAUUUUUAAAUAAUAGUAGAUUUAAUAUGAAUAUAUUGAAAAAUUGCUUGCUAUUGGGGGUUUUCUUGGGCAUUUAAUCAAAUUUAAAUCUAAUCUAAUUAAAUUUAUUAUUUGAAAAUUUUUUGCACAAAUCCCUACAAAUAAAAUAAGCAAUGGAGUUAGAAACUUUAUAAAGAAAUUUUCACAUGAUUUUGGCUUGAUUUCUUAUGAAAGGUUAAUUGAAGAAGCGCUUAAGCUGCUUUUUCCACCUCCAAAGCCAAAAGUGUUUUACCCAGAAGGGACCUACGUUAUUGUCCCUCUAGGUAUUCCUGCACUUGGAAAAACAGAGCUGGUACCGGUUUUCCAAGAAAUUGCGGAGAGAAAUGGAUUUAUGUUUGUUUCUAUAAGUUCUGAUAAAAUACGAGGAGAAUUAUAUAAUAAAUAUAUAGAAGAGAAUGGAAAAACUGAUGAGCAGGUUCUCUAUGAUAAAACGACUAAGCAGACUAUUAAAUUGUUUCAGGAUGAAAUUAUUUCAGCUUUAAGCCAAGACUCUUCAAGAAAAAUUAUAUAUUUAGACAAAAAUCAUCCUCCAAAUGCUAUCAAGGGAUCAUUCGAAACAAUUAAAAAAGGGGAUAAAAAUGCCAAAAUUAUUGUCAUGGUUCCAGACUGUGGAAAAUACUACUUAAUCUCUAUCCUGAAAAUAAGAAGACAUCACGGAAAAUAAACAAGAAAUAUUUUUUAUAUAUAAUAAAUAAAAUUUUUAUAUAUUAAAUUUUCUAAAGUUGGCAAAAAUUUCUUCCCAAUGAGUUUGCAAGUCCUACUAACAUGCUUGCUGAGGAUUAAAAAUAGAGACACUCAUGAGACACUAGCUGGAACCUUAGAAAAAAGGGUUGGCGUUGUUAUGAUGAUGUACAUGCUUUAUAAAAAUUACCUUCUUGAUGAAGGAAGUUCAUUAUUAAGAGAAGUCAAAUUUUUAAAGAUACCAUUUGUGGAUGAAAAAAUAAAGGUCAAUGAAAAUUUUGAGAAUUUAAUGAUGUAUGUGCUACAGAACUACACAAUAGGUAAGACUCCUUCUGAAGAAUAUAUCAGAAGUAUUAUUGAAGAAAUUGAAAAAAAUGAUAUAGACAGGGUUUCUAUUUGAUCGUCUUGGGCUAAAAAGCGCCCUGACAACUGGUGAGUUGACAAGUUCCAUUUAUUCUUUUACUUUUUUACUUGCUAGCUGGUGGAGUUGGCUUGGAAACUAAUGGUGAGUCAAUUCCACCAGUUGGUAGAGUGUUUUAUGGCCCAGGGCGAUCAAAAAGAAGCUCUGAUCAAUGUUCCAUUACCUCAUAUUAGCCUUGGAGAUGUAUUAGAAAGAGGACUAGAAAACCUAAUCGGCCAAAAAUUAGAAGAAGAGCAAAUAAAAAUAGCAGAAGAAUCUAAAGAUUUCCAACCAUCAAAAAUAGUCCAAGAAGAAGCUAAGCAUCCUCUAAAAAUCCAUGAAGGAACUAAAGAAAUCAAGCCAGCCCAAAAGCUUCAUGAAGAAACUAAAGAAAUUCCCCAAAAAAUCCCAGAAGAUGUCAAAAUUGUUGAAGAAACAAAAACUGAGCACGAAAAAAUCCCAGUUUACCUCGGUUUAGAUUUGGAAGAAUAUUUCGGGACAUCCUUAAUUCCUCUUAUCACAUCUGCUCUAGACGCGUUUGCUUCAAGCUUCCCCGAAGAGCAAGCUAUCCAAAGCGAUUUAAAAGAGUUAGUCACCAGUGGUGUAAGAGUUUAUUCCCCUGCUGGCAGAGUUUCAGAUAAAUGAAAAUUCACAAAUUCCCUCCAUUUAACGUCAUUUUUCAUAGGAGGAAAUAAAGAAAAGUUAAAAUCAAGUUUUUAUAUACGCUUUUUUAUCAAUACAUAUGAAAUGAAAAUAAUUUUUAUAAAAAUAAUUAUUAUUGUAUUAGUAACUUGGUAUAGAGAAUUCAGAGAAAAUGCUGAAUGCGUUUUGAGGCUUACUCAUAUCGUCUAUGUUCCACAAAGGCUAAUUUGUGCCUCUGCUGUGUCUACUGAUGGGUAUUUUAGGAUUGAAAAUAAAAUGCCGCACGUUACUUUACUACUAGGAAAAUGGCCUGCAAAAUUAAGUAAUGAAGUGCUCAUGUCUGCGAACUUGCAGGAUAAUGUAAGUAGAAGCCAUGGAAAUUUAAUGAAAGAAAGUGUGGAUAUAUACGCAUUAAAGCUGUAUCCACAAUGGUUUUUGAAAGGAGUAACAAAAAAAUACCACAAUUAA